AUGACUUCUUCACCGUCAUCCUCAGCUGUGACGAUCCCCAUCCCUGGAAAGUCAAUCCUCAAACGUCCACCGCCAGCCCCACCGUCAUUAUUCUCACUGUCGAGGCUCAGCCGACUACUACCCGAUUCUACGAAAGAUAAUGUCAGCGAGAAGACGGUCCUCAAGCGUGCUCAUUUCAUUCUGCCCGAACUGAGCAUUGUCUACCCAAUAUCGAGUUUUAGCCCGCCAAGUGGACCCGGUGUUCGGGAGGAGAAGAAGGCAGUGGAGGAGCGGGAGAGAGAAAGAAGAAAACGGGUAAUACGAGGUGAGGGGUGGACGAUGGAUAAGGUCGAGUCGUUCUGGCGAGAAUGCUGUGCGGGCUGCGAUGAGGAUCCGGAUCCGCUGAUUAGCAUUGCGUUUAAGAAGGCAAAUGGCUCACAUCCUCGAAUAGUGGACUUCUCUGGGGUACAGCUGACGACUGCCAAGGCGACAGUGCUGGGCGAUGUGUUUACCAUCGAGUGGGGCCUUCGAAGACUUGUUUUCAAGGAAUGUGACUUGGAUGAAAAUAUACUCAAACCGAUGCUGCACGCGCUUCUCAUACCGAACACUCUCACCUUUCUCUCUGUUGCCUCGAACCGACGACUCAAAACAACUGCUUUCCGUCUGAUCGCUGCCUUUGCCGCCAAGUCAGCUUCGCUCGAAUUUCUGGACCUCAGUCAGAAUGCCCUCGACAAGAAGAGUGUGGAGUUGCUUGUUGCUGCGUUGACUGCACUUGUUACCCUUCGUCUAGAUGAUUGUUCCCUUCGUCCUGGGGCCCUUGAAACUCUCUCUCGGGCCGUACGGACUUCCAACCUCCGUAACAUAUCGCUGCGGUACAACAGGAUAAAUCCCACGGGGGCCGUGUCGCUUGCUCUGAUGAUCAGAGACUAUCCUGACGUUGUGCCGGCGACCACGCCAAGCGCGACGUCCUCAAUUCCCUCUACUCCUACUAAUUCCGGCUCCCCGACUACCCAGACAAUCCCGCUUAAAAAUGGGUCGCUUCCACCGCCACCGAAGCACCCCACCACAAACGUCCAGACAACGUACACGCCAUAUGUCCCGCGCGCGAAGCGAGCGCAGACACCAUCCGCGGUUCCUAUGAUCACCUCAAGUUCACAAGGAGGGGUGACUACGAACAAUGUCAAGGAAGAAUGGGGGCCUUCUGCGGCGCUUCUCGUCAAGGUUCGCGCGCUUGACACGCUGCCGAGGAUUGGUGCUCUAAGGACAUUGGAUUUAAAGGGGAACGAGCUUCGUGGGGGAAUAACGUACAUCGCACAGGUCCUGAAACGGAACCGGACGCUCAAAGUACUCAACUUGAGUGAGAACAAACUCGAUGUAGCGGGGCUGGUGGCUGUAGCGGAGGCACUCAAGUAUAAUUCGUCGCUGGAAACGCUAGAUCUAUCGAAGAAUCCGUGUGCUGGACCUGCACUAGAUGGGAUAACUUCGCUUCGCACGGCAUUCACACUCAACGCUUCUCUAAAGCGACUCUUCCUUUCUUCUACUGGUCUGACUUCUCCCGGAGCUAUCGCACUGGCAGAGUUCCUUCCAGAGUCGCGCUCGUUAUUGCACUUGGAUCUGACGAGGAACGAGUUGGACCUAGCUGGGGUGUGGGCACUAAAUAAGGGCUUGAAAUCUAACCACACGAUGCGAUGCUUAGACCUUGAUGUCCCUCCCGGAAGGGAGGAAUUCGCGGGUUGCUGCCGAGAGAUUCUUGGUUGGUGUGUACGCAAUACGGAGGAGGCAGAUGCUAGGCGAGGAGAAGUUGCAGACCGAGAAAAUGGCGCCGCUGAAGGUGUCAAUGGGAGAAACAAAGGUCUAUGGGGUCUGAUCGAGGACAGCGAGUUGGCAAGGGGUAUUAGGGAAGGAGAGGAGAGAAAGAUUGAGACGGACGUCGUAGUACGGGCGCGCUCAUGUGUCGCACAGCUCCAGAACCUGCUUAAUCCUGCAGAACCAUCACCGCUGAGCACACCACAUCUAACCUCACCCUCUCUAUCGGCCACGUUCCUACUCCCAUCGUACCUGCUCUCUCCAAGCACAGCAUCGUUUACUCUCUCCUCCCGACAGUCUUCCACCAAGCCUUCGGCCUCAGAGAUCGCCGCUCGUGCCAGGGCCUUGAUAAGCGAGUUAUCGCAGGUGAUAGAGGAGGAAGGGGAUGAGGGAAGGAUGGAAGAGCUGCUGGGUAUCCAUGACCAAUUGACUAGUUUACUCGCUAAAGUGCCCAGUAAACCUAUUGGGCUUGGGCUGGUGAUACCUACGACUAACGGCGUCGGGUCUGUGGCCGUGGAUACCUCACCUGAUGGUGAUCCACCCACGGAGGAGCACACGGAUGAGGAAGAAGUGGAGGAGGAAAUUGGUACACCCCGGGUGGACAAGGGUAAGGGACGUGCGGAGCCUGUCCAUGAAAAAGUGUUGAGUCCGACCGCUGCGUUUCUCAUUGCGGAGGACGAUGGGGAAGAUGGGGAAGGGCCAAGGUUUCCUCCUGUUGAAGUGAGAGACGAAGAGGACAGCGAGGGUGAGAAGGGGAAGGGAACAAAUCGAUCUCGAAUCUGGGUUGAGGAGGAGGGGGAGGUAUUUCGCAAGGGGACAGUUCUUUUAGGACCCGAAGAGAUGGAAGGAGAGUAUGCUGGAGAGGAGCUACGUAAGGAGCUCCUUGAAGCGAUGGUCGAACGACCGCCUCCCCGGAGCGUGGAAGAAUUAUCGCUUGAGAUACCACAUCCAAGCUCAAACUCCCACUCGAAUCCGGGGACGCCGACGGAGGAACAACCUACAUCACCCACGACAGCAGCACCAAGAUCAUAUAUACCUAGAAGGACGAGCUCGGGAAGUCUGAUGAGUCUUGUCAGUCCCACCAGUCCAAGGCUAGCGAAUCCUGUGAUGGUGGUAGGGAUGGGGGCUGCGAAGAAUGGGCUGACGACGCCCACGAUAUCGGAACUCGAGGGCGGGCAACUUGGGCCGAGUAUCUCAAGGCGAGACCGUUAG